UGAAUUUUUUUGGAUUCUGCUGCGUGUGGCGACUGUCUAGUGUAAUUCAGCCAGUCAGUUCGGUUUUCAGUGUUUUAGAAAACAUCGAACAUUGUUCAGCUCCGCAGAUUUGCUGCACAAGACAAGACUGUGAACACACUGUAUGACAGCCCAGUGGCAGGAGGUGCCAGAGGAGUCAAACCUUGGCUCCAGUAUUUUUCCCCUUGUGGUUCUGACUUGUGUGUUGGAGGCAAUGCGUCAUGGUUCACCUGCCAGCCGUCGAAAAGGCAAAACUCCUCAACGUCGCCCGCCGCUGCCGCCUCCGACCUCCCGUUCCCCAAGGCGGAGUGGAGUUUCAAAGCAGCCCACUGUGUCUCCCAAGAAGAGAAGGUUUAGACCAGGAACCAAGGCCUUAAUGGAGAUUCGCAAGUACCAGAAGAGCACAGAUCUUCUGCUCAGAAAGGGACCCUUCUCUCGCCUGGUCCGUGAGGUGUGCCAAAGUUUUUCCAGAGAGGCUCUCAGGUGGCAGGUCUUUGCUCUUCUGGCUCUGCAGGAGGCCGCAGAAGCAUUUCUUGUCAUGUUAUUCUCAGACGCCAACCUGUGUGCCAUCCACGCUAAGCGGGUCACGCUGUUCCCCCGUGACAUUCAGCUGGCCAGGAGAAUCCGUGGGGUGGAUAAUCUGUAAAAACAACACAGUACAGAAUGAAUAAGCGAGUAACAGGAUUGAUACAUAGUGUCUGUUCAGAUACUCUUAUACCGCGUUUCAGUUCAAAUAGCUGUGUAACUGUUUUAAAAUGUUUUCUGGCUUUGAGCUACAUUUUUGGAAUUUGGCUUUAUAAUUUCUUGUCAGAGAACAAAACACGUUUAUCAUUUGUCUUUGCAGAUCAUCGCCAGUUUUAUGAAAAGGUAACAAGUUCAAAUUUAGGUCCUUUGGGUUUGCUACAAGUCAUUUUUAAAAAUGUGAAAGUAAAUGCUACCAAGAAAAGAAAUUCAAGAGAAAAGUGGAAAAUCACUAUAAUCAUUGUCAAGCAGCUGUACAUUAUUGAAUAAUUUUGCUAUACAUAGAUCUGCUGUUUUAGUGCGACUAUUUCUUUGUGUUGCAUUGAUGUGUACAUAUUGUUCUCAGUUCAAGUAAGCUUAUUUUGUUGUAGGAUUUGUUUUUCUAUUCCAUACUUGAUUGACGUUAGUUUUAAUGCUAAUUGACAUUAGGUUGGUUUUUUUUGUUGUUGUUGUUAUUUGUUGUUAUUUAGUUUUUUUCCCCUUUCAGUUAAACAGGAAGUUCAUGCUUGUUUGAUAUCUUCAUAAACAUCUUUUUGGUUUGGUUUGGUUCCAUUUUUGUAAAUGUGAUAACUCAUACACAUGAAUUUCCAAGAUCAACUUUGUUGUGAUUUUAUAAUGUUCAGCAUAAACACUUUCCUAACUGUUAUUCAACACCAUAACUCGGGAACAGAAGGAGGGCGUGACCAUAUUUCACAUUUGUUCAGAUACUGGAUUGCUCACAGUAAUCUUGUGUGUCCACCUUGAAACUAUGUUGACUGUAUAUACGUGUGAAGCAUCCAUGUUUUACAACUUGUAGUUUUGCAGUAACGAGCAUAUUUUGAAGCAAUUGCCGUUCAACACAGGCGAAUUGGUUUUGUUGAUAUUUAACUUCAGGUGACAUUGUAACAUUAUGUGAUGAAGCUGUCAGUCACUAAAUAAAUGAGUCUGGAAAGACGUGGAUGCAAACUG